CGGUGCAUCAUCCCCUUUACGACCACCAUGGCUUUGCGACCACCAAAUUGCAAGCUCACAUCCCGAAUCCUUGGUAUAAUGAGGGUUCCCAUCGAUAUCAUCCAAUCCUUGGGCCACUCCAUCCAAGCGUUCUAUGACAGAUUCCAGACACGAGCCUUCGCAGAGGGAGUCAUGCCACCGCCCGGUACAGCACUUUCGUCAAAGCGUAAACAGCCACGAAAGCGAAAGCGCAAACUCUCUAUCACAUCUACCCAGCAGUUGAAGCGGACAAACCCGCAAAAGAGCUCUCCUCUGUUCCAAAAGCUGCCUCCCGAGGUCAGGAAUCAGAUAUGGUUCUAUGCACUUGGCAAUCGCCGUUUGCACUUUCGUCUUUGCAAUGGAAAGCUAAUAGCAGGUGUUUGUCAAAAUGUGUACGAUCCAGUGCUUCGCGAAACAAAGCAGGCCUGCAAGUUGGGCUUCCUGUGCGUGUUUGAUCCCGCAGGUCUCUCUUUUCUGCCGAUUCUACAGACUUGUCGACGAGUAUAUCAUGAGGCCAUACCACACGUAUAUGGGUCAAAUCAUAUCGAGUUCUGGGAUUACUGGUUUGCAUCCCGCGCAGUCUCAAGCCUGCCAAAGGCCAUAAUUCCCAAUCGCCUUGCUAACAUCCGACACGUCACAUUCAAAUGGGACAGCAUUAACCUAGUCCCCAAAUACAACCCAGGACCAGAACACGCGUGGCGAUAUGUGGACGAGCACUGGGUAUGCGUCUGGCGGGCCUUUGGGAGGAUGCCCAACCUCGACGUGCUGAGAGUGCGGCUCUGUCGUAUGCGCCUAUGGGGAGUUUUGGAUCCGGAGGGCUACUUUACGGAUUCUGAAGACGACAUGCUGUUGCCGCUGAAGGCAGUCCAGACUCGGAAGGUGUUUGAAGUGCUUGUUAGUUGGCCGCUGAAGGAGAAUGCGAGGACACGGCACGAGAUCAAGGGGGUCGUGCGCCAACUACCAAGAUUCAGACGAGGGGGCAGAGCGAUUUCGGCGCAGUGA